GCGGAAGCCACGUUUGUUGUUCUUCCCUCUGUUUCCGAGACGUUCAGGCUCUGAACGGGUUCAAGAGCCGCGUCUGCAUGUCUUUACCAGUUCCCUCAAUAAACCUGCAUCUACCGCCCCCGAAUGAAGAGUAACAGGGAUGCCAAAGGAAAAAUAUGAUCCUCCAGAUCCCCGUAGAUGUUACACCAUCAUGUCAGCUGAGGAGGCAGCUGGUGGGAAGAAGUCUCACUGGGCUGAGCUUGAGAUAUCUGGGCGGGUGAGGAGUCUGAGCAGCUCAUUGUGGGACCUUACCCACCUAACCGCGCUCCACAUCAACGAUAAUAACCUGAGCCGCAUCCCUCCGGACAUCGCCAAGCUGCCCCACCUGGUCUACCUGAACCUGUCGUCCAAUAAGCUCCGCAGUCUGCCCGCAGAACUGGGCAACAUGGUCUCUCUCAGGGAAUUACUUUUAAACAACAAUCUUUUACGAGUUCUGCCUUAUGAACUUGGGAGGCUUUUCCAGUUACAAACUCUGGGUCUAAAAGGAAAUCCUUUGUCCCAAGACAUCCUUAACCUGUACCAGGAGCCCGAUGGAACCAGAAAGCUUUUGAACUACAUGCUUGACAAUCUAGCGGUGCACCCAGAGCAGCUGCCCCAAAGACCUUGGAUCACUCUCAAAGAGCGAGACCAAAUGAGCCCCACAGUCGCGUUCACGGUCAUGUGCUACAACGUGUUGUGUGACAAGUACGCCACGCGACAGCUGUACGGCUACUGUCCCUCGUGGGCCUUGAACUGGGAGUACCGGAAGAAGGGCAUCAUGGAGGAGAUCACCAACUGCGACGCUGACAUCAUCAGCCUGCAGGAGGUGGAGACGGAGCAGUACUACACGCUGUUUCUGGAAACACUAAAGGAUCGUGGCUACGACGGCUACUUCUGUCCCAAAUCGCGUGCCAAACUGGUUUCUGAACAGGAGAGGAAACACGUGGAUGGCUGUGCGGUGUUUUUCAAGACGGAAAAGUUCACUUUAGUGCAAAAACACACGGUGGAGUUCAAUCAGGUGGCAAUGGCCAACUCCGAGGGCUCCGAGGUCAUGCUGAACAGAGUGAUGACCAAAGACAACAUCGGAGUGGCCGUGCUGCUGGAGGUCAACAAGGACGUGUUCUCUGGCAUGAAACCGCAACAGGAGCGGCAGCUGAUCCUGGUGGCGAACGCCCACAUGCACUGGGACCCAGAGUACUCGGACGUCAAGUUGAUCCAAACCAUGAUGUUCCUGUCGGAGCUGAAGAGCAUCGCUGAGAGGGCCUCGGGCUCCUUGGGGACUGGGUCUCCGACCUCUGACCCCUGCUCCAUUCCCAUCGUCCUGUGUGCUGACCUUAAUUCACUGCCUGACUCGGGUGUGGUGGAAUACCUGAGCAACGGCGGAGUGGCCGAGAACCACAAGGACUUCAAGGAGCUACGCUACAAUGAAUGUCUGACCAACUUCAACUGCAACGGCAAGAACGGCAACUCGGACGGGAGCAUCACUCACAGCUUCCAGCUGAAGAGCGCCUACGACAGCAAUCUGAUGCCUUACACUAACUACACGUACGACUUCAAGGGUGUCAUCGACUACAUCUUCUUCUCGAAGACGCACAUGAGCGUCCUGGGCCUCAUGGGUCCGCUCGACAGCCAGUGGCUGGUGGACAACAGCAUCAUCGGCUGCCCGCAUCCCCACAUCCCCUCGGACCACUUUUCCCUGCUGGCCCAGCUGGAGCUGCACCCUCCCCCGCCCCACCCGCUCAACCCGCUCAAUGGGCUGCACCUGCCGGUCCACAGGUAGUGCAGCCUGAGAGAGCCCCACCUCCCCCAGCUUUUAAACACUGUCCCCACCCCUCCAGCUUUAUACAGGACCCUGUACAGUUUACCAGUUGUGUAACACUCAGAGGCCAUGUGACCCUCCCCCCCCCCCCAAAAACCCUGCCACACCAACCCAGAAGGAGUGAAGUAUUUGCCCCAUUUCUUGCUCCUUUUUGUGUCUUUGCACAUCUUUGUUUUAUUCAUUGCCCUUAAACACACAGCUCUAUACCAAAUGUUGGGCCUAGGUCUAGGUUGAAGUUCUUGAAUUAAAUCUCCAAAGUUAAUUUUAUUUCCUUUUGCCUUAGAUCUGAUCAUGAAAGCUCACAGAUCGUAACACGGUCAACUGUUGUGACAUAAAUCCACCACACAGAUGUCAGCAGAUGGGCUGACUUUCAUUUAAGUUUGAAAUCGAGACUUGCGGCGCGUUGACGAUGGUACCGGUGCACAACGGCGUGCAUGUUGCGCUAAACUCGCAGACCUUUACAGACCUGGAACCGUUUUUUUUUGUUUUUUUUGUUUUUUUUACUCGCACAUUGACUGACAGCUAUAAUAAUAAAAGAAUCAACACUACAAGCAGCUGAAUCUAGGUCAUCAAUGCUAUGUGAGGGUGUGGAGAACUUGUUUACAUCUGGUCCUUAUUUUAGAUUCUGAUGAGCCAAAAGCCAUCCUUGCUUAAUUCAGUGAAAUGCGAGGAUAGCGAGGAAAACAAGGAUUUUUUUGUUGUUUUUAUUUUAAAUAUUAAAUAAUAUUAAAAGUAUGAAGUUAUCGUUUUAAAAAUGUAGUAUUUGUAAUGUGGGAAGUGGAGUAUGAAAUUAUCUCAAGUCACAUCAGAGGUAAUAUUGAUAGUGCAUUGCUGUUUGGAAACUAUGCAACUGUCCCGUGCACUAGUCUGAUAGCUACCGGAUUGUUCGGGAUCAUGUUGCAGGUCCAAACUAAAGAGAAAAAACAAAAAGAAAAGUGGUCACUUUACAAACCAUCUUGCCUGCUCGCGAAUCUCAACCUGAAAGCUGCCUCAAAGUGCUGCACGAAUGUUAAAGCUGCUUCGUUCAUCUCGUCCAACCGGCAGAUGAGUUUCUAAAGGUCCGUACCGUACUCGUUCAGCUGAUGUGUCGUUCAUUUUCAGGGAUAUAAAUGCUCGCCUCAGUCCAUGUACGCGCUCUGUAGUCGAGAAUAUGCACCUCGUGAGGUUUCUGCUGCUCUGUUCUGCAGCAGAAUUAUACAUUCAGGCCAGAUGAGUGUGGAAAUCUCACAAGAGCCAAAUUACCAACCAAAGUAGUCCCCCGACUUUGUUCUGAUAUGAAAUGUAUUUGAAGUAUGUUUCAUGCCAUUCAGAGAUUAUGCUAUUGUUUUUUUGAACACCAGUGGUCUUAAGAGAUUAGUGUCGUGUUUCCCAACAUCCGACUGGCCAAAGAGUCGCCCCGCAACAAGAGAAGGUCUGUGUUCUCAUGCCAGAUGGGCAAAAUAAGAAAAGUCCUGUGAAGAAUCAGUUAGUGACGUCUCAUCGUGAGCCAAACGUAUUUAACACGAGGCUCAGCAUGACAUUGAUUGUUAAAGCGUGUUCAUGCCGGAUUCCUGCAUGCUCUAAACUUUUAGAUGCUGGUAAACCAGUUGCCCGUUAUGUAGGUUGUAACUCGGGGUGAUGCCGUGCAUCCAGCAGCACCGACGCACUCAACAGGUAUCCAACCUAACACGAAAACUCUUGUUGGGAAAAUCCUUUGAAGCGCAGGCAACACAUGACGUUCUCGUAUGGAUCCCAUAUAUUUGUGCAUUUUUGUUAAAACACCUGAAAACACUGUUGCAUCAAUUGGGGGAAAAAAAGUCAAAAUGUUUCAAAUAUGGUGCACAUAGUUUAGAAAAUGAUGGCUUUCCCAGAUGCAUCAUGUGUUCUUGCUUUCAGGCUCUGCGGAGAGCACAGCUAAACGAAUGCAGCGAGAUCAGAUGGAUACUGGCACCGUUGCAGUCUGCAUCUCAGUUUUCAGUGCCAGUGCAAAAUUAAAAAAGCAGAUUUUAUUACCCCAUUGUGAGAAUAUAAUGAAGUCCACGUUACGGGUAGUGGGAUGUUAUAAUCUCAUAUUUCAUGUAAAUGAGAGAUUAUCACUCUAAUUAAGCAAUUUAGCCACACAAACGGUAACAAGGGGACGUGGCCUGUAAUUAACAACCAGAAAACCUGAUUAUCUGCUUUGUACAGCGAUACGAUUCAAAAGAGUCAGGAAUAAUACAAUUAGACGAGCAAUACCAGGGUAACAUUUCUUAACACUUAAUGCAUCAGAAACCUCUGUAAUACCUGCGUACAUCCUCAGUGUUUUACAUAUCUGGCGCAUGUCACUCUGCAGCGUCUACAAAACCCAGAAUGUUUAGGAUGGGAUCAGUUAGAAUAUUAGCUCUGUUGUGUAUUUGAGAAGGAAAAGCCAUCAUUUCGGGGAUAAAAAGUUUCCGUACAGUAACUGAUCUGGCCUGAACAGCUGGACGUGCAGCGGCGGCUUAGUUUCAGUUGCACACGCGACCUGACGCUCGCGAGUCAUCCUCCAGCUCUGCUGGAGUUGAUCUUUGAGCAUUCUGAGGCCCAUACUUCACUCCUGAACUAACCUCACAGGGUUUUCAGAUUUUCGUACAACAUCUGUACAUACGUGAGACUGUCUUUGACGACGGGGCGUCUUUCACAUCUGUGAGGGGGAUGUACCAUUCUCCUGAGGAAAAAGGGUGCAAUUUUGGUUUUGUUUAGUUUUUUUUCCUCUUAAAUCAAAGAUGUACUUGGUGUUGUAAUUCUUUCUUUGCCCGGUCCACUAAGAUUUCAUCUGUGAAUACCACCUUCACCUGUCUGACGGUCCCACCGAGACCAGCCGUCUCUUUCCAACUUUGUUAUUGAACUACGGGCAUUUUCUGUCUCUAACAUGCAGUCUUUCAAUUGGUUCUUUGUACAAUUCAGUAUUACCAAGUUUUUGAGAAACAAGAUAAACGUUGUAGAUUUAAAGCAGUUUGUCUUGAGGCUUUUCUUUCUCAAGGAUCAUUUCAAGGCCUUACACGCCUUGAAAUGAUGCUUCAUCCAAAUAUUUUAUCCCCUUUUCUGUUGGACAUUUUGUUCUUUUCUUUUUUCUCUUUGAGUCCUACAGAUAGCGUUCACAUCUCUCAUCAGGCGAAACCCUCAGCCACAUUUCUUUAUUAUUAUUAUUAUUAUUAUUAUUAUUAUUAUUAUUUAUUCCACCAACAUCUGACUAUCAUUACCAACGUGUUGAUUUCGUCUCUGUAGAGUGCACCUCAUGUCCUUUUUCUACAAACAACGUGCCUAGUUUGUACACUUUGUCCGACAGCAGCACUGCCCCUGAGACCGAGUUGCUCAGAGACCGGCCCAGCACCGUUACCCAGCCCUCCUUCCAGCCCUCCAGAACCACGUUUUGGGGGUGCCAUGGGGAGGAAUUAAAACUGAGGAAUCACUGCUUGCCUCAGCCUGGUGUCAUAUUUAUUUUUCUUAAUCUAACCACUUUUUUUUUUUUUUUUUUUUUUUAAAUGUACCGUAGAUAAAUCUUCCCCCGUUCCUAAGUGCACACUUUUUGCGUGUUCGUGGUUAACUUCUCGCGAGCUGUUUUGCUACCUUUGUUGCAUCCACUUCCUGAAUGUAAAGCUCCCAUCGCUCUUUUGUUUCUGGGUCACAGUUGGUUUUAUGCUCGUCUCUGACUGAUUUUUACAAUAAUGUGGGGGCUGCUCUCCGUUGGGCCGAUGCAACGCCCGGGAAUGUUCACUUGAAAAAAAAAAAUGCAUUUGACGCCUUUAGCAUUUGGACGAAGCAUUUCUUGUUGAACGUGUUGAAUUUGAAGGAACAUUGUGGAGUUAAAACAACUUUAAAUCUAUGGUUAAAUGGUGAAAUGACCUCUGCUUCCAUAGAACUGGAUGAAUAUGUGUCCUUUUCUGACAAAAUGGGCGUUUCUCAGAAGAAAAGGUCACAAACGUCCCUGCUUUUGCAUCGAGUGACCAGCAUCAGGUGGCAGAGACCUGAAGGAGAUGUCUGCACAACACUCCUUUUCUUAUAAACCUUCUGCACAUUUACAAAGAUCAAACUACUUCAGUUUGUCUGCACUAUUACUUAAGUAGAACAACGUCUUAUCAAGGACUUAAUAUAGUAAUUUAUUUAAGUGCUUUCCUUAUUUGUCACUUUGCUGCAAAAGCAUCUUCCUUUUCAACUCCAAACUGCUUCAAUUUACAAUAUUUUGGUCCCUAGACAUUUCUUUCUACAGUCCUUGCUAUCCAAUACUAGCCUUGGGGUUGCUUUAACUCUCCAAUGUUCCUUUUAAAGGGUGAUUACAAAGUCUCAAAAUGUUUUCUUCCCAGUGUAUGAACCUGUACGUGAGAACAGCUGAAGCAGAAAACAAAUGCAAAACUAUUUUCACUUUUAAACAUGCAUUUUGUAAUCAUAAAAUCCUGAGACAAUAUUGUUAACUUGCUGCACAGUUUUAUUUUGUUGGUGAUUUUACAGGAAUCAGGAAUCACUGUUAAAUUCAAAUGAUGACAGGUGUCGUAGGCUGCCGUCUCUGGAUGUGUCGCGUAAUAGCAUUUCUAGAGAAAAUAUUCAAGCCUCUCAGCAGCCUUGUGGAUCUUAAACCACCAGCAGCCACCAGCUAAGGUGCUACAUAAUUCCUCAAAAGGAUUUGAAAGAGCUUCACUCAACACCUGUUGAACGCGGUGCAGGUGUAACAGAACUGCACUCAACACCUGUUGAAUGCAGCGCAGGUGUGACAGCUGCACUUAAUACCUGUUAAAUGCAGCGCAGGUGUGACAGAGCUGCACUUAACACCUGUUAAAUGCAGCGCAGGUGUGACAGAACUGCACUUAACACCUGUUGAACGUGGUGCAGGUGUGACAGCUGAUUUUAAGUUGUUGAACGCGGUGCAGGUGUGAAAGAGAUUCACUUAACACCUGUUGAACGUAACGCAUGUGUGACAGAACUGCUCUUAACACCUGUUGAACUCGGCGCAGGUGUUCGUGCGGUUGUCGACCGAUUCCAGGUGCAUAGUUCCUCAACACAGGGGAUUUAAAAUUCAGUCAGCACUGGAGGCAGGAGGGAAAUACCUGCUCUAGAGGAAAACUGGCAGCUUUGUGACUAGCUGCUGACGCUACACGGGUCAGGUCAUGUAUCCUGAAAGCCAAAUUUUACACCUGCAUAAAAAAAAUGUAAAAAAAAAAAAAAAAAAACGGGAAGAAACUGCAGCUGCAUGAGAUGCAGUUCACGAGUGGAUGUUUUCAAACGCAGAUGGUGGUGCUGACGUUGUUUUAAUACAGAUGUGUCCUUUCUAGAGGUCCUGUUUUAAUAUCGAAAAAGGUUUAUUUUCCAAAUUAAUCUGAACGCACCGCAGUGUUCAAAUCCCCCAGCCACUCCCUGAAAGGGGAACAUUUGUUUUAACUAAAAGUAUUUACACAAUUAUAUGAAAUUCCAAAUCAGACCAAAGCACAAACGUUAAGAUGUAAGAUCUGCUUUUAACAAGAAUCCAGAAUAAAAGAAGACGUGCCUUUUUGUUCAUGAAUCCAGAUUGAGUAGUGGUGAUUUGAACCGCCGAGAAACCCAAAGAAACACAUCUGAGGAGUUUGUUUAGGAAAUUAGGUCUGAUGAGAGAUGAAACAACCACCAACCUCAGAGCUUCAAAGAUGAGCAGUGGAGGAUGUUUCUUGUUAUGAAGGUCAAAAGGCGACUGCAAAACAAUCCACAAACAAUAAAAACAGAUUGUGCGAUGAUCCUCACUAAACGAGGACUUCCACAAAGGACACAUCUGUAUUUUAUUUAUUUUUUAUUUAAUGAGCAUUUAGAUCUCAGUUAAAAACCAAACACGCUGAGCAGCACUUGUAUUGUCUCUCCCCACUCAGUUCUGUCUCUCCCCACUCUGUGUAGGCAAUAAAAUGUCAUUUUUGA